GAAUACCGGCUAUAUCAUCUCGGCGGUAGUUGCGCCGCGUUGCACGUUGCUAGAUAGUUGCAAUGUUGUAGCUAUUAGCACGACAGCCAUUCCUUCGCUGGGAGGGAGACCCCACGUUUAGUUCGACCAACCUUCCGACUAAUUCUCACUCUUUAUAUCCCAACCAGCGGUCAAUUGCUGGCCAACGGAAAUAAAUAAUCAAAAUAACGUUACUAGCUAGCUAACUUGUUUUGUCAUUCUCUUGCCCGCUAGCCUACCCCAUUAGCUAGCUAGCUAGCUGCUCGCUAGCGUUGAACCGUCUCCUCCCUCAGUGCGAACAGUCUCCUGCCCGGCUGGAGGACCAUGGCGAUGAGACAGACUCCGCUCACCUGCUCCGGUCACACCCGGCCUGUGGUGGACCUGGCCUUCAGUGGAAUCACUCCCUAUGGCUACUUCCUCAUCAGCGCCUGCAAGGAUGGCAAGCCCAUGUUGCGCCAGGGAGACACAGGGGACUGGAUAGGAACGUUUCUGGGUCACAAAGGCGCUGUCUGGGGAGCCACUCUGAACACAGACGCCACCAAGGCAGCCACCGCCGCAGCUGACUUCACAGCAAAGGUGUGGGAUGCAGUGAGUGGAGACGAAGUCCUCACACUGGCACACAAACACAUUGUCAAGACUGUCACCUUUACUCAGGACAGCAACUACCUGCUGACUGGAGGAAAUGACAAGCUGCUGCGCAUCUAUGAUCUCAGCAACCCUGAAGCAGCCCCUCAGGAGAUUGCAGGUCACACCUCAGCCAUAAAAAAAGCCUUGUGGUGUAACAACGACAAGCUGAUCCUCUCUGCUGCCGAUGACAAAACCAUACGGCUGUGGGACAGGAGCUCCAUGGAGGAGGUGAAGACGCUGUCAUUCGACACGUCAGUGAGCAGCAUGGAGUAUGUGGCUGAUGGAGAGAUUCUUGUGAUCACAUAUGGAAAGACAAUUGCUUUUUACAACGCUCUAAGCCUGGACCUGAUCAAGACCGUAGAAGCCCCAGCUCCCAUCAACUCAGCCUCCCUCCACCCAGAGAAGGACUUCUUUGUUGCCGGUGGAGAGGACUUCAAGCUCUACAAGUUUGACUACAGCACCAAGGAAGAGCUGGAGUCCUAUAAGGGUCACUUUGGUCCAGUGCACUGUGUUCGCUUCAGUCCGGAUGGUGAGCUGUACGCCAGCGGCUCUGAGGACGGCACGCUGCGACUGUGGCAGACGGCUGUGGGGAAAACUUAUGGCCUGUGGAAGUGUGUCCUCCCUGAGGACCUGGGGGCAGAGAACUCUGAGCAGUUGUACACUGCGCCCCCUGAGAUCAAAGCCUGAAGAGAAAGCAGCGUUGUUUGGAAUAGGAUGAGAAGAGAGAAGGAAACGAGCGGAGGGGUGUUCCAGCGUUCUAUCUGGCCCCAGCAAGGAGCAGAGUCCAGAGCAUCUCCAUCCAUCAGGGGACUGAUGUGGAUAUUAUGACUGCCCUGUCUGUCAUAGACUAACCCAGUGCACACUUACACAGACAUGCACAUACACACACAUUCGCACACACACACUGAUGUCAUGCAGUCAUAUGGACAGUAUGGGCUGCAGAGUAAAGCAGUAGAGCUGUGAGUAUCAGCUCAUUGCUGCCUGCUUUCUCUCUGAUCAGCCUACAUCUGUCUGCUUAAGUUAUUUUAACUUCCCCCCCCUAAAAUCACAUGAUGCUACGAUCAGUUUUGGUUUCAAAAAUAAGAUCAAUGAGCUGGACCAACGCUUUUGUUUUCAGUUCAUCGUUACGGGAAUACUAUCGCUAGUUGCACAGUUUGUGCUAAAGUUAAGGCGUUUUAAUUUCUUCUGCUGUUGUACUGUUUAAGUAUACAAAAGUUUGGUGUCAAAAUGAAAGAAAAUAUUGUUUUGUGACAAGGCGGAAAGGGAAGAAAUGUCACUGGUCUUUUUUCCGUUUUGGUUUGUGUCUUCAUUUGUGUCCAGUGAUGAAAUAAACAAACGCAUUACUGUUUUAUUUGUAAGUAAUGCACAAGG